GUUGAUCAGUAGACACGAAUCUGUGGACUCAAAAAAUCUUGAUUAAUCCCUUGAGUUAAUCGACUUCCUUUUUACUCUCCGUUUUAUAGUGAUACGAACGCUCCAGCGUUUGUGCGAGAGCUAUGUCGUUGUCAAUCCCCGGUCCCUCCCAGGCCGGUCUUUUCAAGCCUGGAUAUCAAAGCCAUGAUGCCGAAGACGGUGCCGUGAUCCGCAACAUCGAAGCAUGUCGAGCAAUCUCUCAGACCGUGCAGUCCUCUCUAGGUCCCUAUGGCCGCAAUAAGAUCGUCAUCAACCAUUUACAAAAAAUGUUCUUAACAUCAGAUGCUGCAACAAUUCUACGAGAGCUGGAUGUUGUGCAUCCCGCCGCCAAGUUGCUUGUGAUGGCUAGUCAGCAGCAGGACUCCGAGAUGGGCGACGCAACGAACCUGGUCAUAGUCUUUGCUGGAGAGCUGUUGAAGAAGGCGGAAGAGCUGUUGAGGAUGGGAUUGAAAACAAGUGAUAUUGUGAAUGGCUAUGAAAAAGCACAGGGAUUUGCCUUGAAAACCUUGGAAGAUCUUGAAGUAGAUCGCCUUAAGGAAAUGCGUUCGGCAGCAGAGCUUAGCAAAGCACUUAGGACCGUCAUCGCUAGCAAACAGUCCGGCUCUGAAGAAGUCCUUUCCGCCCUCGUCUCCGAAGCCGUGCUUGCGGUCCUCCCUAAAAAUCCCACCAACUUCAACGUCGACAAUGUCAGAGUGGUCAAGAUCAUGGGUGGCAGCUUGGAACAAUCACGUGUAGUCAAAGGUAUGGUCUUUGGCCGUGAGCCCGAUGGACAAAUUAAGAAGGCCCGCAAGGCCAAAGUUGGUGUCUUUAGUUGCCCGAUUGAUACCUCGCAGACGGAGACCAAAGGCACUGUUCUUUUGAAGAAUGCACAGGAGAUGCUCGAUUUCUCAAAGGGAGAGGAAGACCGUCUCGAAGCUACUAUCAAGGAGUUGUACGAUUCUGGUGUACGUGUUGUUGUUGCUGGAUCUACAGUGGGCGAAUUGGCUCUGCACUACCUUAACCGUUUCAAUAUCCUGGUUAUCAAGAUUAUGUCCAAAUUCGAACUACGUCGUCUUUGCCGGGUUGUCGGCGCCACACCGCUCGCCCGCCUUGGUGCUCCCAUGCCGGAUGAAAUGGGUAAUAUCGACGUUGUUGAAACCACGGAGAUUGGAGGUGACCGUGUGACUGUUUUCCGUCAAGAGGAUGCAAAUACUGUCACUCGCACAGCUACAAUUGUACUUCGGGGUGCCACGCAAAACCAUCUUGAUGAUGUCGAGCGUGCCAUUGACGACGGCGUCAAUGUUGUCAAAGCUAUCACUAAGGACCCACGUCUCGUCCCUGGUGCUGGGGCUACAGAGCUUCAAUUGGCUGAACGCAUCUCUGCCUUUGCGGACAAGACUCCGGGGUUGGCUCAGUAUGCUAUUAAGAAGUACGCCGAAGCGUUUGAAGUCGUUCCACGGACAUUGGCCGAAUCCGCUGGUCUUGAUGCCACAGAGGUUCUGUCACGACUAUACACUGCUCACCAGCGCAACAAGAAAUCCGACUCUGAAGAAGAAGACGAAGAUGAAGAUGAUUCAGAAAACUCUUCAGAGGAGUCUGAAGAAGACUCAGACUCAGACGAUGAAGAACCUUACUGGACAACAGGUGUGGAUAUUUUUGGUAACUCUUCGACGGGCACUGUUGAUGCUUUGGAAGAAGGAAUUCUAGACCUGAUGGCUUCGAAGAGCUGGGCAAUCCGCCUGGCGACUGAGUCUGCGCGCACAGUCUUGAGCGUCGACCAGAUUAUUGUCGCUCGUCAGGCUGGUGGCCCCAAGCCACCUGGCCAAAAUCCCAAUUGGGAUGAGGAUUAAAAGAACGAACUGACCUGAUGGGACUGAUCUUUCUUAUACUUUUUGUCAUUAUUAAUAUACUUCUCUCAAAAGUAGUGAGGAGAUCGGUUCUGAAAAUGAAGAGCAAUGCAAAUAGAUGACUUAUACUCCUGAAACUCAAUCAUAUUCCUAAUUAUUUCGCGUUAAUUUUUUG